CACCACAAAUAAUCAAAGAAUGCCGAGUCAUACGAAAAAGCAAAAUUAACUCGAAGUAUUUGCCUGAACAAACACGAAUAAUAACAAAUUGAAGCGCAACAAAGAGUCGCAGGCAAAAUGACGGUGACGAAUCGGAUGGAAAUCGAGUCGGCCUACCAAAAAGGCGAGGGAUUCCGUUCCUAUUACAUCCAGAAGAUCGAGGAACUGCAGCUGGUUGUGGCCGAGAAGCACCAGAAUCUGCGGCGUCUGCAGGCGCAGCGCAAUGAGCUGAAUGCCAAAGUUCGCAUGCUGCGCGAGGAGCUGCAGCUGCUCCACGAACAAGGCAGCUACGUGGGCGAGGUGGUGAAGCCGAUGGACAAGAAGAAGGUGCUGGUCAAGGUGCAUCCGGAGGGGAAGUUUGUCGUGGAUCUGGACAAGAACAUCGACAUCAACGAUGUGACGCCCAAUUGCCGUGUGGCGCUGCGCAACGAGAGCUACACGCUGCACAAGAUUCUGCCGAAUAAGGUUGAUCCGCUGGUCUCGCUGAUGAUGGUCGAAAAGGUGCCCGAUUCCACAUAUGAAAUGGUUGGCGGUCUGGACAAGCAGAUCAAGGAAAUCAAGGAGGUGAUCGAGCUGCCGGUGAAGCAUCCCGAACUGUUCGACGCUCUGGGCAUUGCCCAGCCCAAGGGAGUGCUGCUCUACGGACCGCCAGGCACGGGAAAAACGCUACUGGCCAGGGCCGUGGCCCAUCACACCGAGUGCACCUUCAUCCGUGUGUCCGGCUCGGAGCUGGUCCAGAAAUUCAUCGGCGAGGGCUCGCGCAUGGUCCGCGAACUCUUUGUGAUGGCCCGCGAACAUGCGCCGUCCAUCAUCUUCAUGGACGAAAUCGAUUCCAUUGGCUCGUCGCGUAUUGAGUCUGGUUCUGGCGGCGAUUCCGAGGUGCAGCGCACCAUGCUGGAGCUGCUCAACCAGCUGGACGGCUUCGAGGCCACCAAGAACAUCAAGGUGAUCAUGGCCACCAAUCGCAUUGAUAUUCUGGAUCCCGCUCUCCUGCGUCCCGGGCGCAUCGAUCGCAAGAUCGAGUUCCCGCCACCGAACGAGGAGGCGCGUCUGGACAUCCUGAAGAUACACUCGCGCAAGAUGAACCUCACGCGCGGCAUCAAUCUGCGCAAGAUCGCCGAACUGAUGCCGGGCGCAUCGGGUGCCGAGGUCAAGGGCGUCUGCACGGAGGCCGGCAUGUAUGCGCUGCGCGAGCGCCGCGUCCAUGUCACCCAGGAGGACUUCGAGAUGGCCGUGGCCAAGGUUAUGCAGAAGGACUCGGAGAAGAACAUGUCCAUCAAGAAGCUGUGGAAGUAGACGAUCCGACGAACCACCGCCGCGAAUUCGAACCUUAUUUCAUUGUCAAUAAAUACACAUAUGUUAGUAACCUAAA